CUCCUAGUUGAAGGUGCCAAUUUCAUUUAUUAAAAGGAAAAACCUUAAAUUACUUGGAAAGGUUCAGUGACCAACAGCCGUUAAUGUUGCAGUGGUGCGUGUGAUCGAUAAUUUUUCUCUAGUCAAGUAUGUAAAGCAUGUCAUUCAAAUCUUUCACUUGAAACCAAAUCUUGCUGGUUAUCAUUCCUGGGUUGUUGUUGGGCAUAGCUUCAGUUACGCAGGGAUGAAAAGUUACAGGGACAGGUACUGAUCUUACAAAUGACCAAACCGGACUUCACCUCUGAAAUGGACGCUUCACCAGUUCACUGAUUCCCUGUACGGACUGCUCAAUUAACCACAUCAGGCGACCUAUAACUCCUCCAUCCCAGAGAAGAAGAUGCAAGCAACUUUUCUGGUGAUCUUUCUCCUCAGACCACAGACAAUGGCCACCGAGUUAGAUGUGAGCAAGUCUCGCCGCUUCGACAUUGCCAUGUCGAGGCGAACACGACGAUCGGCAAGCCUGGUUGCUUGUUUUCAAGACCAGUAUGUGCCGCCCCUGACACAACAUCGACACCAAGAUGCCAAGCUGAAGACAUUGCUCCAGUGCCAAGAUACAGAGCUGCAGGCACUCCAGCAAUGUGAGAAUGAAAAGCAGCAGACACCAUGUCUGUAUGAAGAUGAGGGACUGAAGAUUCCACAUGCACCACAGCCGUAUGAAGGUGAUGAGCAAAAGACGCUGGAACAAUAUCAAGAUGAGCAGGAGAAGGAACCCCAGCAGUAUCUAGACGAAGAACAGAAGAAACCAGAGCAGUAUCAAGAUGAAGAGAAGAAACCAGAGCAGUAUCUGGAUGAAAAGGAAAAGAAACUAGAGCAGUAUCUGGAUGAAGUGAAGACACUGCAGCAAUAUCAAUAUGAGGUUGAGAAGACAUCUAAAUGCCAAGAUGAAGAGCAGACAACACCAAAGCAACAUGAAGAUGAUGUUGAGGAGAAGACACCUGAGCAGUACCAAGACGAGGAGCAGAAGGCGUCUCAACAAUGCCAAGAGGCAGAUAAGCGGGCAUCAGAGCAGUAUGAGGAAGAAGAAGAAGAGCAGAAGGCACAGCAGGAAUGCCAUGACAUGGAGCAGAAGACAUCGGAGCAAUGCCAAGGUACGAAGAACCUAUCCGCGCCACCGUGUGUUGUCGAUGGCAUGCCCCGGUUCUCCCUUCAGGAGUUGAUACAGGAGAAGCAGCUUACCAUAGGAGAAGCAAAACCUACCAACAAGUUAGGAGGCCACGGGAAGAAUGUCCUUGCUGAUCACGAUGUUUCAAGAGGAGGAGCAGCAGCAGGCGGCACGACGCUGGCCAUGGUGAUAAGGCGGCCUGAGGGAGGGAAGAAGUCGAUGGGGAUGAUACGCCGGUGCGUGAAGGCCUUGAACCAGAUGAUCAAGGCCAAGCAUGGCUCCAAGAAGAACACACCUUUCUAAGAAAGUGUUACGUAUUUGAGUACGUCUGGUCCAGAGUUUCUUAGCAGACUGCACAUCUCAAAAUAAUGCACGUUUGUGGAAAUUCAAGUUUUGGGCAUGAUGCAAGAUGUGCAAAAUCUCCCAAGAAACUCCAUAGCAAGACCGGGCCAUUUACCUUCAGUUUUACUACUGUCUACCUAGAGCAAUAAUCUGUGAAGUUUAGUAGAAGAUCAUGUUAUGUCAAGUUGCAUUCACUCCAUGAUGUUCUAUGCUAUUUGGUCAAUGAUGUACCAGCUGAAACAUCAAAAAGUCAGGAUCAGGCUCCACAUGCGUUCAUGACUUUCUUUGUAAAGUUUCUUAUAGAAGCAUGAAUAUAAUACAAAAGGAAAAAAUGGCCGGUUCUACCGACGCUUUCUCCCAGGUCAGCAAUGGGUUUGGUGCAGACUCCCUUUCUUUCUUUUUGAGUCACGUCCCAUUUCAAUCUGGUGUAUGAUGAAUGUUGAGAGUACAAGUUAUGGAAAAAAAG